CCUGAUUGUGAUCGUGUCAACAAGCAACCUAGUCGCCUGGCAGAAAAUACUUCGUACACAAUGUCGCGUUUAAUGUUUGCGUUUUGGAUUCUGGUGACCACUUCGAACAAAGGACAGUCGGCGGAAACCAACCAUUCUGAACACUGCGCUAAUCCGGGCCGCAUAUCAAACCUUACAGGUGACUUGAUACUGGGGGGCUUGUUCCCUGUUCACAUUGUACAGCCUACAAAUCAAGGGACAACACAAGCACACGAUAUCAAUCUAUACGGAGUGAACUGGGUAGAAGCCAUGUUGUUUACCAUCCAAGAAAUCAACGACAAUCAUUUACUGCCGCGAAAUUUCCGCCUAGGCUACGACAUCAGGGAUUCGUGCAACGAUGUUCCCGUGGCAUUGAAGGCUGCUUUAGAUUUCGUGCUUGACGCAGGAAAUUCAAGCGCUAAAAGUAGCACGUCCAAGAAUUGUUCAUCUCGCUAUUGCAAAUGUACCGAUAAACAGACAAUGAUAUCAGCGGUCAUUGGCGCGGCAUCAUCGCCGAUAUCGAUAAAUGUAGCGAACCUUCUUGGUGUGGACAAUACCCCUCAAAUCAGUUACUCUUCUACCAGCGUGCUUCUCAGCGAUAACGCAGUAUAUCACUCCUUCUUCAGGACGAUACCAUCUGAUACCUACCAGGCUCAAGCGCUUGCCGAUCUGUUAAAACAGUUCGGUUGGACGUACGUAUCUGUCGUUGCUUCUGAUAACUCUUACGGGCGCGCUGGGGUCGAUUCCCUACGAACGGAACUUAAAAAGCGAGGGAUUUGUAUUGCUCUGGAGAAGAUUUUUAAUCCCUCGCUGUCGCAAGAAGAACUGCAAGAAAUAAUCGUGUCCUUGAAGAAUGAGCCGCGCGCCCGGGUGAUUAUUUUAUGGUGCCAAAGACCGAACGCGUUGGGAUUCUUGAACGAAGCGUCGCGGCAAAAGUUGAGCGGUAAAACUUGGAUUGGAACGGAAACUUGGGGGGACGCGUACCAGCUUGAAACGAUGGAUGAAAACGUUGUCGGUGGAAUGCUUGGAGUGUUACCUUUAUUGAAGAAGCACGCGGGGUUUGAGGAACACUUGAAUAGCUUACAUCCAAACAACACUGAUAAAAAUCAUUGGAUGUGGGAAUACUGGACAGAAACGUUUGAUUGCAGGAAGAAAGAGGGACCGAGCUAUCUCACAUCCAGCCGUGAAGAGCAAGAAAGGGAAUUUUACGUUUACACGACCAAGCGACCGAAUGAGACCAUACUGUGUCCAAAAGAACGUGGUCUACCAAGCGCUGAUUCGCUGCCACGCAACAAAUACACAAACGUCAUGGACGCAAUCUACGCGGUUGUUUACGCCGUGAAAAAUAUUUUCGAUUGCAAAGAUGAAGAUAGUUUUCUCCAGGGUGGAACUUGUCCUUCUGUUGACUCGAAUAUUCAACCAAGCGAAAUCCUCAGGUUCUUAAAGAACGUAUCUUUCCAGGGAAGAUCUGGCUCUCGAAUUAUGUUCGAUGAAAAUGGGGAUCUCCGCUAUGGAUCAUACGCUAUCAAGAACCUUCAACAGAUUAGUGAAGAGGAAAAGAAGUUCGUUGAGAUUGGCAUUUGGAGUGGCCUCGACGGCAAACUUUCACUCAAUAACAACUCCGAGAUCAUGUGGAACGGGUGGACUAGAGAAAAGCCAGUCUCGACUUGCUCUGACCCGUGUGCAGCGGGAUUUUACCCGGUUUACGGGAGUAUCACGUGUUGUUGGAAAUGCGUCGAGUGCGAGAAUGGCUUUGCGAAACUAACCGCUGGACAAGACACUUGCAAGAAAUGUCUCGAGGGAUAUGUGUCGAACAAGCAGAGAACGAACUGCGUGAAACUAAAAUCAGAUUACUUGGCGUGGGGAAACGGAGAAGGUGUGAGUGCGGCGGUCCUCGCCUGCAUCGGCUUGGUCAUAUCUAUCGGUGUAUUGGCAGUUUUCUACAAAUAUCGCGACACAGCCGUCGUCAAAGCAUCCAAUCGAGAGCUGUCAUUCGUGCACUUGAUAUGCAUCGUAGCUAUAUUUAUUCUUCCACUUGUUAUUACAGGAAAACCGACUGUAGCCGGCUGUGCAGCACUGCCAUUGUUGUUUGGAAUUCCUUUCACUCUCUGCACUGCUAUCAUGUUGCUGAAAACGGAUCGACUCCUGCGCAUAUUUCAAGCCAGAUCUCGGCUGACCGCAUCCAGCAGCUAUCUCAUCAGCAACAAAAUGCAGGCUAUUGUUGCCACGGUAAUGACGUUUGUCCCGGUUACCUUGACAACAGUCUGGUUCAUAGUUCAUCCUCCUGAAGUCGUUGUUGAAGUUGACACCUCAAGAGAAGGUUGGCAGAUAUUUAGCUGCGGCGAGCCCAACGAACUUUUGAACAUUACCAUUCUUGGAUACGUCUUGAUCAUAGCCCUGCUGUGCACUUACUUUGCGUUUAAAGCCCGUAAGCUUCCAGAGAACUUUAAUGAAGCUAAGUUCAUCUGCUUCGCCAUGUUCGCUUUCUGCGUUUUCUGGCUCAGUUUUUUUCCUGCGUUCUAUGACAGUACUGGCUCGACACGAACCUUCGUGUUUUGUGUAGGAGUACUCAGUUCGGGAUACGCUGUGCUGUGUAUCAUGUACGCGCCAAAACUUCGUGUUAUUCUUUUCCAUCCAGAAAGCAACACCACGGAGGCGUUCAGAGCAGCAACGAUGGUUGCCAUGAAGAAAUCCGGGGUUGUCGUUUCCUCCAAUAGUGCCACACCUCCUCGCAUAACACCCGUCCCCUCGCCUGUGCCAUCAAGGCGGAAUUCUCCUGACAUUGUUUCGUUAGAACAUGAAGGGAGAUCCUCAGCAGUAAGCAUCGGUCGCACGAUUUUGCCAUCACCUCAGUUAGGACUCCGAUCGUGAGCUAGUGCAAUAAGCUCUGCCAGUGUAAAGGUAGAACGCUUUCAAGAAUAGUUGUUAUGGAUGUAGUUGAAAGCAGGUGGACAAUUUUGCAGGCCAAUGAGAAAGACUUUAUCACGAACGCUGUCACUGCCGGAAAAUAAACGUCUUUGUUGACCAAGAAUCUGUGGGUGCACAAGCUCGGCAAACUCUUGACUUUGAAAGAUCUUGAAAAGCUCGAAUUUAUCUCGUGCACUAUGAACGCGCAGUUAUAUGCAGAUAUUUUUUCUAUUUGUUGUCCUGUUCAGUUUCGUCUCCCAGCAUCAAGCAUAGCCUUAUUUACAAAAGCCUCUCUUCAUACGUUUAAUACAAACCCCGCGAGCAGGAGCGAUGGCUGACAAUGAACUUCAAUGUUAUAACGUACUCGACAAAACUCCCCAUGGUGUCUUUUCGUUUGUGGACAAUCAGAGAGACUGCUUUGACCUGUGUAGGGCUGGGAUUAAUUAGACGUUAGUCGUGGUCGGAGUCGACUAACAGACGUCUUAGUUUGUCCCUUGGGGAGUGGAUUGAGGGCGCAAGAGAGGCGUUUGUUCGUUUAAACUUUGUCAAUCAGUGACGAUAAUUCCCAAUCAACAAAUGUUUUGGGUAAAAAACUUUGCCAUCACUGAAACUUCAAUUUGUAUCAUGCUCAAGGCUAAGAUUUGGUCAGCAAACUUUGAAUUAAUCAGCUAACUUUCACUUUGCAGCAUGAAAUGAAUUGUUUCCAUGUGAUAUUUGAUUACUUUGUAUCAAGCCGCAAGAUGACCGUAUGAAAACUGUGCGCUUAGGCCAUCUGUAUGGCAAUGUAAGGUUUAGGUAGCCUAGAAUAGAAUUUACACAUUAGUAUACAUUGAUUCGCCCUAUAUAUUCAUAUAGCAUGGAUCAAUAGAUCGGUCUGACUGAUUUAAUGGUAAUAACAACCGGACAAAACAUUUUAUAAUGUCUUUUUUUGUGUAAAAUUGAACAUUUAAAAAAUGAAAAAAAAAAA